AACCUGAUACGACGAUGCACAGUCAAUUUUCAACCGCACACCAGUGAGAGUGUUUUUCCCCCCGGAUCGUACAUAUACCAAACCAGAAAAAGGACGAAAAAAGGGAGAACUUUUCAUUCUAUUUUUCAGACUGCAUUCAACAAGGUGUACACCCCAUCGUCGUUCGUUCGUUCGAACCGAUGUUUUUCCUGGCGAUUUAGUUUAUCCUCCGUUCAGCAAAGGACAAGUGCUGUGAACUAUCGGCGGCGAAAGUGCCCUUCCUCGGAUUCCCUGCUCGUUAUUGUUAUUAUUAUGGUUAUCAUCAUCCUUGUGUGAGCUAUUUUUAAACCAUUGGACUUUUUUGCCAACAUCACUCUACGACCGUACGCCAAUCACCGUCCUCCAUUUCAGCAUAGAGUGUAAUGAACGACUGUAGAAUAUCGGUGACUUUUCAGUUUCCGCAAAUAGUUUAAUCAGAAUUGAAAUCACGGGCCAGUGAGGCUAAACUCGAUUAGGGCAGAAGACGACGAAGCCCAGUGAUAUGAGGCAGUGCAUUCGAGAAAUAUAAGUUCAAAUGCCAAAGUAGCUUCGGUCGUACUGUGCUGAAAAACUUCGUUAGUAGUUGUAUGCGGAAAACAAAGAAACAUGCACCUCUUGGCUUUUCGAGCGACUUGGAGAGGUUGUGAUACCAGUGAUAACUAAUGUUUGGCAUCGAAAUUGCGUUGAAUGUGAAGCGAAUUUUUUUGUGGAAAUGAGCCACUAAAACGGGAACGGAACUGUUCGGAGAGUGUGUAAGCGUUGAAAGUUUUUCGGUAAAAAGCAUCUGUGUGAUUUUAAUAGGGUUAAAAUAAACGAUAAUCGAUAUUUUUAAUGAAUCAUACACUGAUCCUGAUUCGCUACAGUGGGGUGAUAAUUACUCGUAGAGCAGUAUUGCCUCGUUGAGUAAGACUGGGAAGCAGAUCUAGAGAAAAACAUUCAGCAAAACCGCAUUCGUUUCCAUUUUCAAGACCACAGUCACCCCUGCUAGGGCGCAGUGGGGUGACUAGACCAUUCGAAAAAUAUAAAAUGCGCGUAAAAUCGAACGGGAAUAUUGUCUCGUUUUGCAAUUCCAAGAGAAAUUGUUCGAUUGCAUCAAGCGAACGCAAGGUCUCGAUUCGACAUGACCAAAAUAGAGGCGAUGGAGAAAGGACCAUUGCAUCCUGCCAGCGACUGCCAUGACCCGCAUCAGUCCCAGCAUCAGCGGUACCUUCAGUAUCUUCCGCACAAGCGGCGUAAGAUGAGUUUUAAGUUACCAAUCAAAUGGAACCGGAGACGGUUCUAUCUCUGCCUGAAGGUGAUAUUACUGUUUGUGGUGUUCGGUCUUUAUUUUGUGCUACUGCUGCGGGAAUCGAUGACGGCGCUGUCCACCAAUAGGAACAAAGUCAGCGGAAAGAAUGAAGCUCACAAAGCCUCCGUAAACGGCAGAUCAUUUCGAUCCAACAAGAAAGGCACCCCAAAGCACCAGGGAAAUCAACAGCACCCGCCCUCGACAGAUGUGCAUAAAUCUUCCAGAGGACGAUCGGGAGCAACCAGCAACCACUCGACCCUGAACCCCGUCUACGAAUACUCGGAGGAAAUGAACGCCGCUGCCGAGGCCGACUUCAACGAUCGCCGGACGGUGUUAUGGAAUGUUUGCGCGGAACAUCGAAUCAUCGACAAAUACUCACCGAACGCCUGGGAGUUCUUCAUUUCGCCUGGACAUGGAUUGGCGUGGUGCAGCAUUUUCAAGGCCGGCAGCAGUGCGUGGAUGUUCUAUUUCAAUCUUUUAGGGGGAUACGAUCACCGAUUUCUCCAGCGAACACGAGCCUCUCCGAUCGAUCUUGCCCGAAGGCGCUUUCCACGGCCACGUAAUUCCGAACUGAACGAUAAUCUAGCCAACACAAUAUCGUUUCUUAUCGUGCGUGAACCCUUUGAACGGCUAGUUUCCGCCUAUCGAGACAAACUAGAAGGAUCUCGCAAUACGUACUACCGACUACUUGGGCAACAGAUUGUAGCGAAGUUUCGCAAAAAAGAUGACAAGUUUGCGCUGGUAAAUUUACUGUUCAUUGUUCCGAAGAACAAUUACCAUUUUUCUUUUCCACAGAAACAACCUAAAGGACCAACGUUUCGAGAAUUUCUAGAGUUUCUUGUCAGCCACUACAAAAGUGGCGGUCGAUUUGACGAACACUGGAGUCCGAUUUAUUUGUUCUGCACUCCUUGCAGCAUCAAUUUCACUUUGAUUGCCAAGGUUGAGACUUUGCAGCGGGAUAGCGAAUACAUCAUACGGCAAGCUGGGCUGGAAACGUUACUGCUGAACAAACUUCCCCACGAAAAAGCGCGCGCCAUCGAAAAUCGAUCGGCCACCAAAACCAGGAAUGUUGUUUCCAGAUAUUUUUCCCAAAUUGACGAGCGACUUCUGACGGAGGUACUCGAAAUCUACCAGCUUGAUUUCGAGCUGUUCGGUUACAACAGCACCAAAUACUACAGCUAUGUACAGGAAUCGUUUGGGGAAGCACAACAGUGAUAAGAGCGUUACCAUGAAAAAGAAACCACCUCCACGAUACAUACAAACAAGACUAAUCGCUAGAAUCGUAAGACGGACAAAGAAUAGGCAGCAAACAUGGUGUCCGUUCUGUUAAAAAUAACCAUAUACACUUACAACACGACUGUAUAUUUUUGUGGAGCGGAAAACAAACACAAUUGAAAAAGUUAACGAUUAUUUUCGUAGGUUAGGUUCACAACGUAUGUUUAUGAAAUGUAGAGGAAGAGUGAAUAGGCGUCCAGGGAAAUGUAAUAAAAAAGGACAGUUCUGCGAUUCCGAGCGAAAGGACAAAAACCCACCUCGUUUCGACGUCCGUAAACGCUGUGCAGGGCAACAGUCCGUUGCCAAUCAACCAAAUUUUAUGUUACCAACAUGUUAUAUGCAUAAAUGUAAUUUGCAAACCAAAUAAUUGUUCCGCCCAAAAUUAAAACGCAAACUAUGCUUAGUUCUCUAGGCGGUGAUUUCACACACGCUAAAAUGGCAUGUCAUGCAGAUUAUGACGUGUAUCAAAUUCAUAGCAAUGUUUGUACAUUUAAUUCGCAUUCUCUCAAUUGUCUGAACACGAAAAGAUCACAGUUAUCAUUUAUCUCCCAAGAGAAACCGAUUGAUAUAGAAGUAUUGAAAGACUCAUUUCAAACCCCGGAGUGCACCAAGUGGAUGAAAGUGCCAAAUUUAUCGCGAAAAAGUGAUCGUCUUCGCCGGUCGUUCUAUUAAGCCUUCCGGAAAGGUGCUAUACACAUAUUUUUCGAUGGAACCGAACAGAUCAACACUGACACGAACACAUACACAUAACCAUUUGGAAAACCCAAACAUACACACACAGACACUCGCAAACAAAACUGAGAACUGUAAAAACUUAUAAUUAACUACCCUAGAUGUUGUAUCACCAAUGAUAUAUUCACAAACCCCAGCACCAAGCAAGUCAUAGCUACGAAAUUGUUUUAAGGAAACCGAUAAACACACAAAACAACUUAAAAAACGAACGAACUGCUCGAACUAGUUAUACACGAACGUUAGUGUCACCAUACUAUAUGUGGAUGUUUAGACCGAAAGAACUGUUUCAAAAAAGAUUUAUUUUGAUAGUAAUAUUUGACAUACCUUCAAAAUCUAGAAUGUUAAAAUCGAUUCUAAAUAUUUGACUUAAAUCACAGAUUUACGUUGAUGAAAAAAAAAAUCAUUAAAAACUAUUUAAGUUUCCAUUCGCACACUAUUCGAAAUGGCUUAUACUAAGUGAAGAAAAACCAAUUGUACUAAUAAGUGUCGUUGUCAACUGUGUACCUUGUAUUUACAACCAUAGAAGAAAAUAAAGAAUAAACACAA